ACCACCUGUCACCUCCCCAUAACUUCAUGCAUCCAAUGAAAAGAGGACAAGUGCAGUAUUACAGUGAGAAAAACCAGAAAAGUCAACAUGAAAAACUUGAAUUUCAGCUGUGGACCUGUUUGUCCAGGGAAGGUGGUGGGCAGCAGGAGCCAAUGGCAUCCCUGGGGAGGAUUCAAGCGGAAAAAAACAGCCAUGCCUUCAAAGAACACCGCCGCCAGCAUGUUCGGUGGAGCCGGGGGACGAGGCUCGCGGGCCUCCGUAGCCAGCCUGGAGGGGCUGCGUAACGUGCUGCGCAACGAGACGGAGAAAGACUCCGCUCCAGCCGCCAAAGCCAAACCGAACGCGGCCCCCGCUCCAGCCCCCGCCGCCCAGCCUGCAGCCCCCGGGGACGACAAGCAGACUCUGCGGGGGCUGAACGACAGGCUGUCCGGGUACCUGGGCAGGGUGAGGCAGCUGGAGAAGGAGAAUGGAGACCUGCAGAAGCAGAUUGAUGAUAUUCUGGCUAAGAGGAAAGCACCUGAGGGAAGGGACUGGGAUAAGGUGGAGAAACCCCUGGAUGACCUCAAGAAGCAGAUCAAAGACCUGACCAUGGACAAUGCUAAACUGCUUCUCCAGAUUGACAACACCAAUCUUGCUAAUGAUGAUUUCAAGGAAAAGCUGGAAGACGAGAAAAAGGCACGCAAGGAGUUAGAAAAAGACGUGGAGGAUCUGAAGAAAACCAUGGAGGACACCAAGAUGAACGUCAAGCAGACGCAGAAGGAGAUCGACCUGGUGAAGGAGGAGAUCGAUCGCCUUGAGAAGGAGCACAAAGAGGAAGUGGACAACCUGCGUGAGAAGAUUAAGGACUCUGAGGUGAGGGUGGAGAUCGACUCCCAGAACUCUAACUUGGCAGAGAUGCUCAACAAGGUCCGCACCCAGUAUGAGAAGCUAGCCAAGAAGAACCUGAAGGAGACAGAGGACUGGUACCAGAGCAAGUUCGACCACAUUAAAGUGGAGGAGGCCCAAACCAACGAGGCUUUUAUCUCAGGAAAGACAGAGCUCAAGGAUCUGCUCAAACAGAAACAAACUUUGGAAAUUAGAAUCCAGGGUCUGCAAAGCAUGAUCCACAAUCUGGAGGAAACCCUCAAAAACUCCAAAGUGGAGUACAAUCAGCGCCUGUCUCCCCUCUACAAGCUGAUCCUGGACCUUGAGAGAGAGCUGAAGGAGGUCAGGGCUGAGGUGGAGCGCCUGGUCGAAACCAACAAGAACCUGCUGUGUGUCAAGAUGAAGCUGGAAGCUGAAAUCGAUAACUACCAGCAGCUGAUUCAUGGCAUGACGGCUGAUCCUGAGAGCUCGGACCUUUCUUUAGAGGACGCACUAAGUAGCGACCCGCAAAAGCCUAAGAAAAAGGUGCCUGAACAAGAAGUGAAAGAUGAAGUUCUCGUGAAGCAAGAAGGCGCCCCCUCUUUCCAAUCUGCUCCCCCCAAUGCCCCUGAAAAUGCCCCUGUCACUGAAGGAGACCCCAUCCAGGCUGAGGAGGAUUCUGUCAAGAAUGCAACUCCUGAUGCACCAACUGAAAAGAAGGCAUCCAAGAAAAACGAAAAGGAUUCAUCCUCUUCUUCUUCCUCCUCCUCCUCCUCUUCUUCAUCCUCUUCCUCUUCGUCCUCUGACGAUGAAGAUAAGAAAUCAAAGAAAGAGGCUGAAGUGGCUGAAGCCUGAGCUUAAUAGCAUUUUUAUCGAUCAGUGGUUACUUGUAAACCCGUGAAUCUAUUACAAGAUUAUUGAGAUGUGAUUUUUUUUGAAAGUUGGGAAAUAAAAUCCAUUUGAAUCAAAAAUAAAGUCUUAGUGUUCUAUA